GAAGCUUUCUGGCGCGGACCGCGAGCGGAGGCUGAGAGCGCCGCCGCCGGAGAAGACCGACCCUCGGCCAGAGCCAGCCUGCGGCGCCCGGGCCUGGCUGGCUGCUUCCCGCCUCAGCCGCUUCUCCGGCUCCCGCCGCCGCAGACACCGUCCAGGCGGGUGCGGCAGAACGCGAGGUCCUACGGCCCAGCCCGGUCCGGUGCGGCCCGGAUCCGUGGCACGGGAGGACCCUACUGUGGACAUGAGUCGGUAAUGCCCACUGAGGACUUCUGGGAGCCAUGUCAGACGAAUCCGCCUCAGGGAGCGAUCCAGACCUGGACCCGGACGUGGAGCUGGAGGAUGAGGAAGAAGAGGAGGAGGAGGAGGAGGUGGCAGUGGAGGAGCAUGACAGGGAUGACGAGGAAGGCCUGCUGGAUGACCCAUCCCUGGAAGGCAUGUGUGGCACUGAGCAUGCUCAGCUGGGGGAAGAUGGGCAGCGGCCGCCGCGGUGCACUUCAACUACCUCAUCUCAGUCUGAGCCUUCAGAGCAGCUUAGGCACCAAGGCAAGAACCUAGCAUCCGAGGACCCCAAAAAGAAGCGAGCUCAGAAGCCCUCUCACAUGAGAAGAAACAUACGAAAGCUACUCCGGGAGGAUCAAUUGGAGCCCGUUACCAAAGCAGCACAGCAGGAAGAAUUGGAAAGAAGAAAGCGCCUGGAGCAGCAGAGGAAAGAGUAUGCAGCUCCCAUUCCUACUGUCCCUUUGGAGUUCCUACCUGAGGAAAUUGUCUUACGAGCUAGUGAUGGUCCCCAACUCCCUCCUCGGGUCUUAGCCCAGGAAGUCAUUUGUUUGGACAGUAGCAGUGGCAGUGAAGAUGAAAAAAGCAGUCGAGACGAGGUGAUUGAAUUGAGUUCUGGAGAGGAGGAUACUCUGCACAUUGUGGACAGCAGUGAGUCUGUCAGUGAGGAAGAUGAGGAAGAAGAAAAGGGUGGCACCCAUGUGAAUGACGCCUUAAACCAGCAUGACGCUCUUGGGCGGGUCCUUGUCAACCUGAAUCACCCUCCAGAGGAGGAGAAUGUCUUCCUGGCCCCACAGUUAGCAAGGGCUGUGAAACCUCAUCAGAUUGGUGGGAUCCGGUUCUUAUAUGAUAACCUAGUGGAGUCCUUAGAAAGGUUUAAGACCAGUAGUGGCUUUGGCUGUAUCCUAGCCCAUAGCAUGGGUCUGGGGAAAACUCUGCAAGUGAUCUCCUUCAUUGAUGUCCUUUUCCGCCAUACGCCAGCCAAAACAGUCCUUGCCAUUGUGCCGGUGAACACUCUUCAGAAUUGGUUGGCAGAGUUCAACAUGUGGCUCCCGGCUCCUGAAGCCCUCCCAGCCGACAGCAAGCCUGAAGAAAUCCAGCCUCGGUUCUUUAAAGUUCAUAUCUUGAAUGAUGAACACAAGACAGUGGCAUCCCGUGCUAAAGUGACGGCUGAUUGGGUUUCAGAGGGUGGAGUGCUGCUGAUGGGGUAUGAAAUGUACAGACUGCUCACUCUGAAGAAGUCCUUAGCCACAAGUAGACCGAAAAAAAACAAGAAACGCUCUCACCCCGUCAUCAUUGAUCUGGAUGAAGAAGACAGGCAGCAGGAGUUCCGGAGAGAGUUUGAGAAGGCCUUAUGCCGCCCUGGUCCUGAUGUGGUGAUCUGUGACGAGGGACACCGCAUCAAAAAUUGCCAAGCCAGCACCUCACAAGCUCUGAAGAACAUACGUUCUCGUCGGCGGGUAGUGCUGACUGGCUACCCUCUACAGAACAACCUCAUUGAGUACUGGUGCAUGGUGGACUUUGUGCGCCCAGAUUUCCUUGGUACUCGUCAGGAGUUUAGCAACAUGUUUGAACGGCCUAUUCUAAACGGACAGUGUAUUGACAGCACACCUCAGGAUGUCCGCCUCAUGCGCUACCGGAGCCAUGUUUUGCACAGCCUUCUGGAGGGCUUUGUGCAGAGGAGAGGCCACACUGUGUUGAAGAUUCACCUCCCUGCCAAAGAAGAGAAUGUGAUCCUGGUGCGGCUUUCUCAGAUCCAGCGAGAUUUGUACACACAAUUCAUGGACCGUUUCCGGGAUUGUGGUAGCAGUGGCUGGUUGGGGCUGAAUCCUCUGAAGGCUUUCUGUGUAUGCUGCAAGAUCUGGAACCAUCCUGAUGUGCUGUAUGAAGCCCUUCAGAAGGAAAGCCUAGCCAACGAGCAGGAUCUAGAUGUGGAAGAACUUGGCUCAGCGGGGACCAGUGCCCGCUGCCCACCACACGGCCCAAAAGUCAAGGGAGAAGAUAGUGCCUUGCCUUCCUCAAUGGCAGAAGCAACCAACAGCAAGUUCCUACAGGGAGUUGGCUUUAACCCUUUCCAGGAACGGGGCAAUAACAUUGUUACAUAUGAAUGGGCCAAGGAGCUUCUGACUGAUUAUCAGACAGGCGUCCUGGAGAAUUCUCCGAAGAUGGUCCUUCUUUUCCACCUGAUCGAAGAAAGUGUGAAGCUGGGGGACAAGAUCCUUGUAUUUAGCCAGAGCCUUUCUACCUUGGCUCUCAUCGAGGAGUUCCUAGGGAAACGAGACAUGCCUUGUCUGCCUGGUGCCGAGGGGCAAGGAACACAGAAGUGGGUUCGAAAUGUCAGCUACUUCCGGCUAGAUGGUAGCACCCCUGCCUUUGAGAGGGAGCGGCUCAUUAAUCAGUUCAAUGAUCCCAGCAACCUCACCACCUGGCUGUUCCUUCUCUCUACAAGGGCCGGAUGCUUGGGUGUGAAUCUGAUUGGUGCCAAUCGAGUGGUGGUAUUUGAUGCUUCCUGGAACCCUUGCCACGAUGCCCAGGCGGUAUGUCGGGUAUACCGUUAUGGCCAGAAAAAGCCCUGUCACAUCUACAGACUUGUGGCUGAUUAUACUCUUGAAAAGAAGAUCUAUGACCGGCAGAUUUCCAAGCAGGGCAUGUCAGACCGGGUAGUGGAUGAUCUAAAUCCAAUGCUCAACUUCACCCGGAAAGAAGUGGAAAACCUGCUGCACUUUGUUGAGAAGGAGCCUGCUCCCCAAACAUCUUUGGAUAUAAAGGGGAUCAAGGAGUCAGUCUUGCAGCUUGCCUGCCUGAAGUAUCCUCACCUCAUCACCAAGGAGCCUUUUGAGCACGAGUCAUUGCUCCUCAACCGAAAAGAUCACAAGCUGACCAAAGCUGAAAAGAAAGCAGCAAAGAAAAGCUAUGAGGAGGACAAACGCACAUCAGUACCGUACACCCGCCCAUCGUAUGCGCAGUAUUAUCCUGCCAGCGACCAGAGCCUGACCAGCAUCCCUGCCUUCAGUCAGAGGAACUGGCAACCAACACUGAAGGGUGAUGAAAAGCCUGUGGCCAGCGUUCGUCCUGUACAGUCCACCCCCAUCCCCAUGAUGCCCCGGCAUGUCCCACUCGGUGGCAGUGUAAGCUCUGCCUCCAGCACAAAUACAUCCAUGAAUUUCCCUAUCAACUACUUGCAACGAGCAGGAGUCCUUGUGCAGAAAGUGGUCACCACAACAGAUAUUGUUAUUCCUGGACUCAACAGCUCCACAGAUGUUCAGGCAAGAAUCAAUGCUGGUGAGAGCAUCCACAUCAUCCGAGGGACAAAAGGGACAUACAUCCGCACCAGUGAUGGACGCAUCUUUGCUGUCCGGGCGACUGGCAAACCAAAGGCCCCUGAAGAUGGUCGGAUAGCUGCCUCAGGUUCCCAGGGGUCUUCUCUUGCGUCCACAAGCAAUGGCAGACACAGUGCCUCAUCACCCAAAGCCCCUGACCCUGAGGGGCUGGCCCGGCCGGUCUCUCCUGACAGCCCAGAAAUCAUCAGUGAGCUCCAGCAGUAUGCAGAUGUGGCCUCUGCUCGGGAAUCCCGCCAGAACUCCCCAAGCAUCAGUGCUGUCCUGCCUGGGCCCCCAGGCCAGCUUAUGGACAACAGCACCAUUCCUGGGACAGCUCUUGGGACUGAGCCAUGCCUUGGGGGCCAUUGCCUCAAUAGUUCCCUCUUGGUGACUGGCCAGCCCAGUGGUGGCAGGCACCCAGUGCUGGACUUAAGGGGCCAUAAGCGAAAGUUGGCCACUUCGUCUGUCACCCAGGACUCAGUCCGUCGACGGUCCAGGAAGGGCCAUCUGCCAGCCCCUGUGCAGCCCUAUGAACAUGGGUAUCCAGUCUCUGGCGGGUUUGCAAUGCCGCCUGUCUCCUUAAAUCAUAACCUCACCACCCCCUUCACCUCCCAGGCUGGGGAGAAUUCCCUUUUUAUGGGCAGUAACCCCUCCUACUACCAGCUGUCCAAUUUGCUGGCAGAUGCCCGCCUGGUGUUUCCAGUGACUACUGACCCUCUGGUGCCAGCAGGCCCUGUCAGUUCCUCUUCCACGGCUACCUCAGUCACUGCCAGCAACCCCUCUUUCAUGCUCAACCCCUCUGUGCCAGGGAUACUACCCAGCUAUUCACUCCCAUUCUCACAGCCACUCCUGUCCGAGCCCAGGAUGUUUGCGCCUUUCCCUUCCCCUGGCUUGCCCAGCAGCCUUUCCCGGGGUGUGUCUGUCUACCCAGGCUAUAUGUCCCCACAUGCAGGCUACCCAGCUGGUGGCCUUCUCCGGUCCCAGGUGCCUCCAUUGGACUCUCAUGAGGUUGCCGAGGUGGGGUUCAGCUCCAAUGAUGAUGAGGAUAAAGAUGACGAUGUGAUAGAGGUCACUGGGAAGUAGCUAGGAAGCCCUGCCCACCUCACUGGGGCCCUAGAAGGUUGUCCACCAAACUGCAAGGCAAUGAACCUGGUCUUUCCAAAAAUAGGGUACUUGGCAGGAGGGGAGGAAGACAAAGGAGUGGUGGCCAUAAUGGCAGGCUCUGUUCCUGUUCAUUAGAAGAAAGAAAAGACCCCAGAAACUCCACAGAGCUGUAAUAGUGGGAAAUCAGGGACCGAAAACAGGGAUGGGGUACGCAGCAGCCUGCCUCUUCCUUCCUGCCUUUCUUAGCCGUCUCUUUAGAUGCCCAUUUGAGUGUAGAAGCGCAUACCCAAGAAGUCUGCCUGAGUUACUUAGUUUGGCCUGAGGAUGGGAGAAGAGUGAGGGAGCCAAGGGUGGGGUGGGCAUGGGGGGCAGACUAAGAUUCCAUGGGGAGGGCAUCUCUUUUAGGAGGUUGGAAGGAAGCGAGCCAGGUGUGUGUGUGUGUGUGUGUGUGUGUGUGUGUGUGUGUUUGUUUGUUUGUUUGUUUGUAUGUGCUCGUGAGUUCGCGCAUUCGAGUGCUCAUGCAGGAAAGAGAGAACAUGUAUGUAGCAGAACAAGGGUGAGAGUGGGAGGGGAGGGAUGGGAAAAACUAAGAGGUAAACUAAAAAGAAAGGAAUUUAUCUUUUUUGAAAUGUAAAUCAGAGUGUGGUGGUUUAUGGCUACUAAGUUGAACAUCAAAGUAAGUGAGUCCAGGAGAAGAGCCAUGAAAGCCAGUUCCCUUCUGGCGAGGUGGAUGAGAAAGUGAGUGUUUCCAAUCUCUCAUUCUCUCCACAGUGGCCAUCUCUGAGCAGAUGUCCCUUUCCACGUGGGCGCGAAAUGCACUGCAGUGAGGGUGAGGUUGUGUUGUGGCUGGAUAGAACUGAGCCCUUCGGUGGCCUUUCCUCUUCUCUCCCUCCCCACUAGAAAGCUCCACCUUAAUUUAUUUCUUAUGGGCAAUUAUUUAUUAUUUUCAUGUGGGGGCAAGGGUGGUGGGUGGAGGCCAUAAAGGAGAUAGCAGAUAGUAGAGAAAGUUCUAAAGUAUUCCAGACCCCUAGCUGCUGGUAAAAGAAAAAGAAAAAGAAAAAGAAGGGCCCCAGGUAGAUGGUGAAUUAAUUGACCAGGGAAAGAGAAUUAGAAUUUACCAAAAGAUAGAUUAAGCAGCUAUGUUGUGGGGAAAUGGCCUCUCAGGGAAAUCAGGGAGCCCUGAGACUGGCUAGUUGGGGGUGGUGAGACUCAUUCCAUAGAAAUUGAAACUUGGGAUCAUGGACUUUGCUACUGGGAAGUAAGUAACCUCCACCCCUGGAACUAUUGUCCUCUGAUGGUUUUAUAGGCCAGCUCUCUGCUGAAGAAUGAAGCUGCGGAUAGGUAGUUGCUGGGUUGAGGUAACAGACUGUUGAUUUUGAGUUGGGACUUGUCGUGGCCUCCCUAGCAUAUCAGGUGAUCAGUAGGGGCCUGGUUUCUGGUCUCUCCAUCUUCUCUGAAGUAUCACAGGGAAGCCCUUCCUCUGUAGGAGUCUUAAGUCUGGCUUUUGUUUUAAGAGUAUGAACACAUGGGUCACUCUGGUCUCCCUUCCCUUGUUCCAAAUACCACGGCAGGGGUGUCUAGUCCUUAAACGUAAACACUGGCUGUUUUCUAUUAUUGGUGUGUACUGUGUCUGGUAGCCCUCUGCCCCCCAAGUUUUUCCAUGCAGCCCUUUGUGAUGAAUAACUCCUGUCUGGCUUAACCAGCUUCCCUUGGCUCCAAGCUGAUUGGGCAACUGCUAGAUCUGCCUCUUAGUCCAGGAAGUAUCUUAGCCACUGCCUGUGACUCUCGACUAGCAGCUUCUCAUUGUCAGGGGAGAGGAGGGGGUGCAAAGGCAGACACUGGGCUUGCCCCAGAGAUAAGGAGAGAAAUGGUUGAUGGGGGUGUGUGCUGUCCAGUAACACCAAAGUGGACUUGCGCUGCUUUCUCUCUGUUUUCAUGUAUACCCUGUCCGACACUUACUCUUCUACUCAUAGAAGCCUUAGAUCUACAAUUUAGCUAUGCAAAUUAUUUUUAACAAUUUAAAAAUAGCAGUUUCAAUCAGUGCUCUCUCGGUCAAAUGUAGUCCAAGAAUCGAUAGUCAAGGCAUUUAAUUGGAGUGGGCUCUUUGGUUGGGGCUGGUACAGUGGGAGUGAGCUAGUCCAGAUCUCUGUAACUUGUAGAACACAUUCAGAACUUGGGUUACAUGGAUGACUCUCAGACCUUGGAACACUAAGCUCCCAGAGUUGUCUGUGUCUGUGUGUCUGCGUGUUCCAUGCCUCUCAGACCUUAGAACACUGAGCUCUCAGAGUUGUCGUGUCUGUGUGUUUCAUGCCUCUCAGACCUUGGAAUACUGAGUUCCCAGAGUUGUAUGUCUGUGUGUAUGCCCUGCUAGCCAGGAAAAGGGGUGUUUCUGUGUUCACAAAUAGGAAAUUAGAAAUAAUUUCAGUAGGGAACUGGAACUGGUUUUUAAGCUGCCAGGAAGUCAGUGGGAAUUCUGAGAGUUAGCACAUGACCGCUGUACAUGACAGCAGUCGUCCCAGGCUUAGGACUCACUUCAUCUUUGCAGCAGCCUAGCUCUAGUCAGGUUUCCUUGCUAGAGAAGGGUUCUGUGAUAACAUGCAGUUUCUGCUGCAUAAGGGUAGGGUGAGAUCUUAGGUUGAAUUGCUCCAUGGGCUUUGGCAACUCCUCUUCCCCCAAUAAACCUAAAUAUCCUGCUUUUCAUAUGGACUCAUGGGGAAAUGGGCAUGCACACCAGGCAUGAGCAUGUGACAAGGGAAGCAGGAGCCUCACAAAUCUAUUGUGCUUAGAUUGGAAACAUGAGGUGGUAGGUAGUUAUGCUUUUGCUUAUAAUCCUAGCCCUCAAGAAACAGGAAGAUCAUUUUGGGCUAUGUAUACGGUGAGACUGUGGGGAAAGGCAAAGGUCGGGCCCUACGUAUUUUCUCUCUAAUUGUCUUUCAUGGAAUGUUUUAAGGGUCUCUCAAGAAGUCCAGUUGCUCUGAUGUAUUCUAAAUUCUUAUUAUCUAUAACACUACUAAAUGAUGCAGGAUGACACUUAAGAUAUUUGAUUCCCUUAGGUCUCUGUGUCCCCUCUGGUAGGGAUGGAGUAGCUCUUCAAGUAAGUGAACCAUAUUAGGUCAGAUCCUCCUUAAUGGCUUAUCUCUGAAGUCCUUACCCCUUGAGUUACGCUACGGAAGUAUCUGUCUGUAUUCCUGGCCUAAAGCUUUUGUCUGGAACUCUUCUAGGAAUUAAUGUAUGGAUCAUAUAUUUAUGACUUACAAAUGAAGAUUAAGUUUCCUACUCUGGGAGCAUGUAGCAGAGAGCUGGGGUAUGUUUUGCUGAAGAGUUGAAACAGAAGAUCAACCAUGUAGGUAGGACUGCCAGUAGCAAGCAGUCAGGAUCUGCAGGUGCGACACCCAGUGCUCCAGAACUGGUCUGUCCAUGGGGGAGGGCUUCUGGGGUAUUACAUUCCUUGUUCCUACACAGACCUUUUGCUUCCCACUUCCCUUUGGUUUCCACAUGCCCAGGUCUCCUGAACCAUGGUUUUCUGUGCAUUCAGCUAGGUUGCUCUUUCCCAGUAUUGCUGCUGAGAGAAUUCACCCUCCCGAAGGAUGACUUUCUGGUUCCUCUGCUAACUAGUUCCCAGGAAAUCAGCACCUUACGGCCAAUCUAAAAAGUGCUGAACUGCCCAUUGCUCACCUUCAGACUCUUUCCUUUUCACUGACUCUUCUGCCCCUGUGUAUUCCAAUUGCUGUAAUCCCUCAACAUCUGUUCUAUUCCACUAGCUUGGCUUUAGGCCUUUUAUGAUAUGUGAGUCCUAUGAUGAUGAACUAAUAAGCAGGAAGUGUCCACCCUUUUCGCUUUUCAGGGACCCAAGUCUGCGCCUUUCCCCUGCCACAAGUCUGUUUGCUAUAGUCGUCUAGUGUGCUGGGGAGAGAUAGCUAGGCAGGUGGUGUAAUCUACAAUGCAGAGGGCUGAGGGAGGUUUGCAUACUCUCUGCUGCCACUACUAGAAUGGUAAUUCAGACAAGAGGGGACCUCAUACUGUGACCUGACCCAGGACCCUCCCUGUAAGAGAGCUCAGCCCAGCUGUGUUUGAGUGAAUGUGUGUAUGUGUUUGCAUGUGUGUGCUCAUGUGCACUGUGGUGUAAAAUGACUGUUAUCUGGUUGUGUAACUCAGGGCAGGCUGGGGACUCACCAGAAGAUUCCCUCAAGCCUGCCCCAAACAGGCUUUUUCCUUGUACCCUCUUCAGAGGGAUCAGAGAGAGGGUCCAGGUGGGUUGAAGGGGCUGUGACAGAUAACCACUAAGGCCACACUGCUGCCAGAGGAGUGGGGGAAGGGGAGAGAUGAGGCUGCCCCAAGGCUCUGGUACCUGGCUUUAGUUUUCUGUCUUCUUUCCUCAGGACACCCCUGAGGCCCAGGACCUGUGCCUGGCUUAGAGGACCAUCUGUGGCUGGGUGAUCCAGCUGCUGGUGUGAUCAUGGGCUUCCCUCCUCUCUCAGCAGGGCAGACACUUCUGCCCCAGGGACUGGGCAACUGGCUGUUUCUAUGACGUAUUUAUUUUUACUUGUGUUUCAUGUCACUUUUUUAAAAAAAAAAAAGCAAACAGAACAAUUGUAAGUCAGUAUAACUGCCUAUCAGUUUUCUUUAUUUCUCUUUUUGUAAAAUAAAAUUUAAACUCAA